CUCUCCGCGACUCUCUCCCCCCUCUCUCCCUCUUCUUUCCCCUUUCGUCGGUCCGUCCUGGGCUGGUGAUUUCUGUUCUUUCUUUUUUCCCGCUCGUUUUCGGUCGACUCGUUAGAUUCUGCAAAUCAUGGCGGACCAGGAAGUGGAUUUGGAUUCGAUCAUCGAUAGAUUGUUAGAGGUGAGGGGCAGCCGCCCUGGGAAACAGGUCCAACUGCUCGAGUCGGAGAUUCGCUAUCUCUGCACCAAGGCGCGCGAGAUUUUCAUCUCCCAGCCGAUUCUGUUGGAGUUGGAGGCGCCUAUUAAGAUUUGCGGUGAUAUCCACGGCCAGUACUACGAUCUUCUGCGUCUGUUCGAAUACGGUGGCUUCCCGCCCGAGGCCAAUUAUCUGUUCCUGGGUGACUACGUCGACCGUGGCAAGCAGUCGCUCGAGACCAUCUGCCUCCUGCUCGCCUACAAGAUCAAAUACCCCGAGAACUUCUUCGUCCUGCGCGGCAACCACGAGUGUGCCUCGAUCAACCGUAUCUAUGGGUUCUACGAUGAGUGCAAACGGCGGUACAACAUCAAGCUGUGGAAGACCUUCACCGACUGCUUCAACUGCUUGCCCAUCGCCGCCAUCAUCGACGAGAAGAUCUUCACCAUGCACGGUGGUUUGAGCCCUGACCUCAACUCGAUGGAGCAGAUCCGUCGGGUCAUGCGUCCUACUGAUAUCCCCGAUUGCGGUCUUCUCUGCGAUCUCCUGUGGUCCGACCCCGACAAGGACAUCACCGGCUGGAGCGAAAAUGACCGCGGUGUAUCAUUCACCUUCGGUCCCGACGUCGUCUCGCGAUUCCUUCAGAAACACGACAUGGAUCUGAUCUGCCGUGCGCACCAGGUCGUCGAGGACGGUUACGAAUUUUUCUCCAAGCGGCAGCUGGUCACGCUGUUCAGCGCACCGAACUACUGUGGCGAGUUUGACAAUGCAGGCGCUAUGAUGAGCGUGGACGAGAGUCUCCUGUGUUCCUUCCAGGUAGGCUUUUCCGUGUCCCAAUUUUAUCAAGAAUCCCCACUAAUCAACGUCCGACAGAUCUUGAAACCCGCAGAAAAGAAGCAAAAGUACGUUUACGGCGGCUCCAGCUCAGGCAGGCCCAUCACUCCUCCGCGAAAGCAAAAGAAGAAGUAAGAAACCAAUACGAGCUUUUCCAUGUGCAGCAGGUUCGGGCGACGAUAAACGUCACAUCACCCUCUCCGACCAUCUCCCAUCACGAGAAUCCGGCUCCCCCUCAGUCUACUCCCUCCACGACUUUUUCGAUGGCCAUGCAUUAGACGAUCGGAAGCAUCAUCCCGCGCAACCCGCCUGAGACCCGACCCC